AAUUAACUAACUAAACAUGGAAUCGCUAUCGCCGGCGAUCAUGCACAAGCUCAUUCUCCCAGUCAACAGUUCAUCCCGGUUUCUUCUUCCAUCGGUUAAUUCAACUAAUUGCAGGAUCAGGAAUAAAUCAGACAGAAUUACUAAUCUUGCGUCGUCGACGACUGUUCGGUCUCAUGCAGAGGUGAAGAGUCCGCCUCCUCUAUAUACUCCGGCGACCGUCGACGAGGACGGCGGGACAGAGGAUUGGAAGUCCAACUAUCAGAGAGACUUCGAGUCUCGGUUCAACAUUCCUCAUCUGACAGAGGUUUUCGAUGAUUUAACUCCAUAUCCGUCGACCUUUUGUCUUAGGACCAGAAGUCCAACAACAAUAACAGAUGAUCAUGAUUUAACAACUCAUAAUUGUUGUUAUCCAUCGGAUCAGAAGUGGAAUGGUUACAUAAAUAACAAUGACAGAGUGCUUCUUAAGGUCAUCAAAUACUCUUCUCCUACAUCUGCUGGUGCAGAGUGCAUUGAUCCUGAUUGUGGUUGGGUGGAACAAUGGUAA